AUGGCGACUACCGACGAUUCACUCGUGGCCGAAUACAUUACGCUAUUCGAAAGCUUGUUCAUAGACAACUGCUGCGGUAUCGCAAUACCUGCAUUCCUCGGCUUUGAAUACCUGGUCACCUUCGAUCGCGAGGUCGAGCUGUUUUGGAAGCGCAAGUUUACAGGGGCCUCAGUACUAUUCCUUUUGAAUAGGUACUUGCCCUUGCUCACCGUCAUACUCGACCUAUCGCAAUCGACGCCUAUGUCCGACCGCAGGUACGCAGACAUCUGUUUCGUUCGCAUUGGCGCCGUUGACCGAAUUCACAGUUGCGCGUCCUUCGUGAAGCUUACCGCAAUCGUGUCAGUCUUGCAGUAUAUUCCUUGGGCAGCGUUCUCUACGUUGCGCGCCUUUGCGCUUAGUGCCAGGCAUCGCUUCCUCACCACCUUCCUCAUCUUCACGCUCUCUGUUGUGCCCAUAGUGGUGAACUAUGCUCGUUAUCGUUGGCUAACGGCUGUCAACAACUCUAUUUACGGCUGCGUAAACCAACUUGCGCUGCCUAGUCAUCUAGCUCAAAACGUGCUAUUGCUGCUUAACACCUUGCACCUGACUUUCGCCAUGCUCUCCUACAACGAAGCGUUCGUGAACGUGAGCUAUGUCACAAUCUUCACCGAACCUGUAACCGCCGUCCUCGUCUCGCGCUUCCUCCUCGAUCUCCAGGAGACCAAUCAAGUAGUCUCCGACGAUGCGAGCGACAUGCGGUUGAGCACGGACAUCAACAUCAGCGGGGUCAACUUCGCACCCAUUAUCGGUUCGCUCGGUUCGACUGUCAGCGGCGGUUCGGUCACCUUUCACACGGACCGCACUGGGGAGUCCGCUGAUGAAGAGAAUGCAAGCGCUGCGAUCGCGAUGGAGGUCGUUCAGAAACUUGACUCGUAG